UCUGAGGAGCGGGCGGCGGGGGCUGUGGGGCCAUGACCUCCGUGUGGAAGCGCUUGCAGCGCGUGGGCAAGCGGGCCGCCAAGUUCCAGUUUGUGGCCUGUUACCACGAGCUGGUGGUGGAGUGCACCAAGAAAUGGCAACCAGACAAGCUGGUGGUGGUGUGGACCCGGCGGAACCGACGCAUCUGCUCCAAGGCCCACAGCUGGCAGCCGGGCAUCCAGAACCCGUACCGGGGCACCGUGGUAUGGAUGGUACCUGAGAACGUGGACAUCUCUGUGACCCUAUACAGGGACCCCCACGUGGACCAGUAUGAGGCCAAAGAGUGGACGUUUGUUAUCGAGAACGAGUCCAAGGGGCAGCGGAAGGUGCUGGCCACUGCUGAGGUGGACCUGGCCCGCCACGCGGGGCCUGUGCCUGCCCAAGUCCCGCUGCGGCUGCGGCUGAAGCCCAAGUCGGUGAAGGUGGUGCAGGCCGAGCUGAGCCUCACUCUCUCGGGGGUGCUGCUGCGGGAAGGCCGAGCCACGGACGAUGACAUGCAGAGCCUUGCAAGCCUCAUGAGCAUGAAACCUAGUGACGUGGGCAACUUGGAUGACUUUGCUGAGAGUGAUGAGGAGGAGGCCAAUGGUCCAGGGGCCCCGGAGGCGCGAGCUCGUGUCUCCCAGCCAGGCCAGGGCGGUGCCCUGAGGUCUCCAGAUACCUCUCGGGAGCUGAAGACACUUUGUGAGGAGGAGGAGGAGGGCCGAGUUCAGCCCCAGCAGGCAGCUGCCAGCCCUUCUAGUGUUGAGGAUACCAGCCUGGCCCCUGUGAGUGCACCUGCGCCCCCAGCCAGGUCCCCCAGGGGCCAGGGGUCAGAAGCGGCUACUGUAGCAGGGGGCCAGGUGGGGCCCAAGGCCCCAAGGCCCCCCGGAACCCCGCCGGAGAUGAGGUCCUCAAGACAUCCAGGCCAGGAUGUGGCCCCCACCCCGGCCCCUCGGCUCCGGAAAGGCUCUGAUGUCCCCUGGCCCCCAGUCCACCAAGGGGAGAAGGAGGCCCCCAAGGCCUCAGGGACUCCCUCAGCAGGAGUGGAUUCUGCUGUGGAGACUCAGGCCUGGGCCAGCCCUCAGGAGGGGACAGAGGCCCAGGGAGCUGAGCUGGGCCCAGGCAUUGAGGACAGAGACUCCAGCAACUCUUUGGAAGGGCAGAAACCCAAGGCUGAGGAGGGGGGUCUUGGGGACAUGCCAGAAACUAGUGGGGUGGACACUGAGCAUGAAUCAGGAGUCAGAGAGGUGAGCAGUCCGAGGUCAGAGGUCAGAGCUGGGAAGGGUGAAGAGAGUGUAGAAAUUGGUCUGGUGGCUGCUGAGCAGAAGUCAAAGGUGAGACAUGUGGACACUAAGGGAGCAGAGGCUACAGGGGUGACAUCAGAGGCAAGAUUCAAGGCGACUCCUGAGGCUCCUCCACGAGGCUCUCAGGGGAGAACAGCGGUCAGGACCAGGGAUGAGGCUCCCCAAGUCCUGGGCCCACCUCCAGCAGAGCCUGCAGGGCCUUCCAGGCACCUCGAUGACCUCAAGGGGGCCAGUGCUGCUGCACGCCAGGAGAGAGAGGGUGCAGAGGUGUGGGGCAGAGCCCCUGGUGUUGGGGGGACAGGCCUGGAGGAGGGCCCCUCUGCUGGAGCAGCAAGCGCAGGGCCCCAGGUGAGCAGGUGCCAGGAGGCACCACCAGUAGCUGACCAGGGGGCAAUGUCCAGGGGUCUGAGGGUCUGGGAGGUGGAAACUGGGGAUUCGAGGGUCCUGGGAACAGAGACAGGGGUGGAAGAGUCAGAAUUAUUGGGGACCCAGGAGACAGAGGUAGGGGGGUCAGGGUUCCCAGAGGCAGAGACUGAGACAGCACAAGUGGAGAUACUAGGGGCCCAGGAGUCGGAGGCUGCUGACGUGGCAGAGUCUGAGGAACUGGGGAACCAGAGAACAGAGGCUGGGGGUUCAGGAGUUUUGGAGACAAAGACUUGGAUGUCAGAAACUGAGCUAUUAGGGCCCCAGGAGAAAUCUGGGGGCUCAGGAGGACUGAAGAUAGAAGCUGAGACAGUGGAGUCUGACAUAUUGGGGGCCCAGGGGACAGAGGUGCGAGGUUCCAGGGUGCCAGAGAUAGAAGCUAGGGGUGCAGAGGCAGAGGUACUGGGGACUCAGGAGAAAGAGCUGGGGCAUUCAGGGAUCUCAGAGAUAAAAUCUGAGGUAAGAGGGACCCAGGAAACAGAGGUAGGGGGUUCUGAGGUCUUAGGGUUUGAGACUGACACAGCAGGCACUGAGACGUUGGGGACUCAGGAGACAGAGAUAGGGGGUUCAGGGGUCCCAGGGAUGGAGGCUGAGGCAGCAGAAGGUGAGACAUUGGGGCCCCAGGAGAUGGUAGCUGGGGGUUCGGGGGCCCCAGGGAUAGAGGCUGAGACAUUGGGGCCCCAGGAGAUGGUAGCUGGGGGUUCGGGGGCCCCAGGGAUAGAGGCUGAGACAUUGGGGCCCCAGGAGAUGGUAGCUGGGGGUUCGGGGGCCCCAGGGAUAGGACCUGAGAUAUUGGGGCUCCAGGAGAUGGUAACUGGGGGUUCGGAAGCCCCAGGGAUAGAGGCUGAGGCAGCAGAAGCUGAGGCAUUGGGGCCCUGGAAGAUGGUAGCUGAGGGUUCAGGGGUCCCAGGAAUAGAGGCUGAGACACUGGGGCCCCAGGAGAUGGUAGCUGGGGGUUCGGGGGCCCCAGGGAUAGAGGCUGAGGCAGAAGGGGCUCAGGAGACAGAAGUGGGAGAUUCAGGGUUCUCAGGGCCAGGACUUGGAAUGGCAGAGGCUGAGGGCCUGGGGACUCAACAGACAGAAACUGCAGUUUUAGAGGCUGAGAAGGCAAAAGCUAGGACUUCUGGGGUCCAGGAGGCAGAGUCGGGACUCUGGGGGACCCUCAAAUAUGAGGGUUUAAGGGUCCCAGUCAUAAAGCAUAAAGUUUUAGGGUCCCAGAGAGCAGAGGCAGAGACUACAUUUUUGAGGGGCCAGGAAGCAGAGGGUGGGUUUUGGGGGGUUUCAGAGGCCAUGCCUGAGGUUUGGGGGGCCAAGGAGGCAGAGAGGGAGGUUCCAGGGGUUUCAGAGAACCAAUCUGGUAUUUUUGAGGCCCAGGAAGCAGAGGCUGGGGUCUCAGGAACCGAGAAGGGAAAAGAAGCUGAGGGAAACCUCCCAGAGGCCAGCCUGAUUGAGGUGCAGGUGGCCAGUGGGGCAGGGGCUGGGGUGCCCAGCCCCUCGGGGGCCUCUUCCCCAGAGGAACCUGAAGAGGACAGGAGGCUGCCGGGCAGCCAGGCACCACCUGCCCAGGUCAGCUUCAGCCAGUCCCUGCUGGAGUGGUGCCAGGAAGUCACUGCCGGCUACCGUGGUGUUCGAAUCACCAACUUCACUACAUCCUGGCGCAAUGGCUUGGCCUUCUGCGCCAUCCUGCACCGAUUCUACCCAGACAAGAUCGACUUUGCCUCCCUUGAUCCACUAAACGUGAAACAGAACAACAAGCAGGCCUUCGAUGGCUUCGCGGCCCUCGGCGUGUCGCGGCUGCUGGAGCCCGCGGACAUGGUGCUGCUGGCGGUGCCGGACAAGCUCAUCGUCAUGACGUACCUGUGCCAGAUCCGCGCCUUCUGCACGGGGCAGGAGCUGCAGCUGGUGCAGCUGGAGGGCGGCGGGGGCGCCGGCACCUACCGCGUGGCCAGCGCCCAGCCGAGCCCGCCCGACGAGCUGGACGCGGGCGACCUGGCGCAGCGGCUGCGCGAGCACCGGACCGAGGCGCCCCAGGAGCUCCAGGAGGCCGCGACCCGCGCGGACCGGGCGGCCCCGGAGGCGGCCUCCAAGGACCGUGGGGCCGAGGCCGCCCAGGAGGCGCGCUCCGCGGAGGCCCCCGCCGACGGCCCGGGAGCCCGGGCGUCCGAGCCCCCGGCAGAAGGGCUGGUGAACGGAGUCGGGGCGCCGGGCGCCGCGGGCGGCGUCAGGCUGCGGCGGUCGUCGGUCAACGCGGAGGCCGGGCCGGUGCCCCCGCCCCGCGCGCACGGCUCCUUCUCCCACGUGCGCGACGCUGACCUGCUGAAGAAGAGGCGCUCGCGGCUGCGGAACAGCAGCUCCUUCUCGGUGGACGAGACGGACUCGGGAGCAGCAGGAGCGGCCGGAGCGGCCGGCGCGGCAGCGGAAGGUGUGAGCCCUGACCCCAGCCCUGCCCCUGGCCCUGCCCCCGCCACAGCCCCACAGCAGCCCCCUGGUGGGACUCCCGCUGCGGAGGAACCACCCCCAAGCCCGGGGGAGGAGGCUGGGCUGCAACGUUUCCAGGACACAAGCCAGUACGUGUGCGCAGAGCUGCAGGCCCUGGAACAGGAACAGAGGCAGAUAGAUGGACGGGCGGCCGAGGUGGAGACGCAGCUGAGGAGCCUCAUGGAGUCAGGUGCCAACCGGCUGCAGGAGGAGGUGCUGAUCCAGGAGUGGUUCACACUGGUCAACAAGAAGAACGCGCUCAUCCGGAGGCAGGACCAGCUGCAGCUGCUCAUCGAAGAGCAGGACUUAGAGCGGAGGUUCGAGCUGCUGAGCCGGGAGCUACGGGCCAUGCUGGCCAUUGAAGACUGGCUGAAAACGGCCGCGCAGCAGCACCGGGAGCAGCUCCUGCUGGAGGAGCUGGUGUCGCUGGUGAACCAGCGCGACGAGCUGGUCCGAAACCUGGACCAGAAGGAGCGGAUCGCCCUGGAGGAGGACGAGCGCCUGGAACGCGGCCUGGAGCAGCGGCGUCGCAAGCUGAGCCGGCAGCUGAGCCGGCGCGAACGCUGCGUGCUGAGCUGAGGCCGCGCGGACCCACCCGUCCUCGCCCCUCCGGGCCCCUCCGGACCGCAGCGCCCGUCGGCCCGCGGCCGCGCCGGGUCGCCGCCUCGGGCCUGCGCGCGCGAGGACCGGACCCGCCGAUGCUGCGCGCGGCCGGUAGGGGCCGCCGUCACCCUUUGCCGGGAGGGGAAGCGCGGCCCUUCCGGCCCCGACGGACGCGAGCGGCGGGGCGUCCGCGCCGUCCGGGCCGUAUUUAUUCGACCGCGUGAGUGUGUGUGCGUGUGUUCGCGGUGGGCUGGGGGGGGCCGGGCGCGCGCCCCAGAGGCCCUUCCCGAGGGCCGGGUCCGGCCGGCCACCCCCGUGGGAGAGGGAUGGCUCGCGAACUGCCACGCCCCGCUCUCGCUUCUGGUUCCUCGCGAGCAAUAAAGUUAGAAAAGGCCAAGCCAGCGCCUCGGAGCUUUCCUAGGACGACUGAGGCUUUCAAUAGACGGAAGGGGUGGGGCCUCGGCUCAUAUGUUGUCUGUGACUCCAAGGGGGAUGUGCAGGGUUUCCAACUCCGAUGCCAGCGGAGGCCGGACCUCGGCCUUCAAAGGAUGAUGGGGUUUGGGCUGCUGACCGCUGUAAGGAAGUCUCAUUUCAGAAGAAAAAAAAAAAAAAAAAAAAAG